AUGGAUACCUGGAAGUUCCAGCUUGCUGUUGUGGCUUUCUGUGCUUUAGUGCAAACCUAUCAGGGACUGUCAGGUUGCGCAGAAGAGGAGAGAGGGUUGUCCAAAGACUGGCAGGAUGAGCCACUGGAGACUGUUCUCACCAACCCAGUGGACAGUCUGAUCAAAAGAUCCAAAGCCCUUCGCUUCUAUGGACUAAUGGGGAAACGAUCAGGUAAAAAGAAACCUUUUCAAGUAAACAGACGAAAUAAAGGAGAGACGUUUGUGGGUCUCAUGGGAAGGAGCAUCUCCAGUGGUGAAUCUUUAACCAGAAUAGUUCCGUCUGCAACAACCACUGCGAUCCAUGUUUCGGAGAAACCACACAAGCAAGGUUCACCAGAGGAAUGGAUCCAAAUCUUGUAUUGAUG